AUGGGUUUUUCUGGUCUCAUGAGGACCAAAACCAUGGUGUUUGAUAGAGCUCCAACUGUUACGCACUAUCUUGUAGGGUUUUUAAGAUUUGGGUACUGUCAUUACAUUAAAGAAUUCCAAGAUUUUGCCAUUCGGACAUUUUUGGUAAAAGUUCUUGAUGUUAUUUAUCCUGGGUUUUGCCAAGCGACUGCGUUACUUUCGAUGAGUAGUGGUAGCAUAAGGGAAGGUGAGCAGUAUCAGUGUGAUGAGUGCUAUAUAGCUGCUCCGGACGUAUAUGUAGAGGAAGCGGAUGAAGAUAGUUCAGAAGAGAGAGGAGUUUGUGUUUGGAGGCCGCAUGAUAAUCUGGAUGAAAAACGGCUUUGUAGCUAUUUGGCCGAUGCGCUGAUGUACGGGAUUGAGCAAGACCGUGCCAUGUUCAUCCUGAAGAAUUCGAAUUAUGAUUUUGAGGCCGCAAAAAAAGAAUUGUUGCACCGAAAAGUUUUUAAAGAAAAUUGGACCGAUUAUGACGUAACACUCUUCAAGCGCUGUUGUCGCACCUAUGGCAAAAGUUUCUGUAAAUUUAAGGAAUUGUUGCCGGGAAAAUCGCUUGCAGAACUAAUCGAAUUCUACUACAAGAACAAGAAGACUAUGAAGUUCAAAAAAAUAUUUAAAAAACCGUGUCAAGUCAGUACUUCAGAUGAAGAAAAGAACAAAAAACCUAAAAUAGUUCGUGACUGUGACAACUGUGGGAUAGAAGACGUAUGCCUCUCUCCUGCAGGGGAUAUGGAACUCUGUGCAGACUGCAACUUACAUUAUGUUGUCCAAAUUCUUCAUAAUUCCUCUUUUGGAUUUAAAAUAAACGAUCAAGCAGCUACUUCUGCUACUUUAGAUAUGGUUGGAAAGAUGGAUAAUUUCGCUGUUUUUUCCGCUUUUGAGGAAGAAAAAUAUGAAAAAAUAAAUGCAGAAGUUGAUGAUGACGACGAUGAUAUCCAAGUAGUGGUAUUGAUCAGUUCAGGACGAUUUGUGAGCCUCGAGAUACCAAAAGGCUUAGGGGCACCCGUAGUUGGGGGUACAAAGAAAAAUUUUUUGCCUUUUAUGGUAAAUGGGUCACUUUUUUCAAAUAAAAUGUGUUCUUGUGAGGAAGUUAACUUCUUUGAAUUAUUACGUUUUGGGCGUUCGAAAGUAUCGCCAGACGUUGAUAAUUCGUUGAAAAAUCGAAAGCCUGGGAUUCCAGGCUUGGCUGGAGCAUUUAAGAAGCUUGCCAUUUGUCCUUUAUUCGCCACUGCUUACAAUGCCAGACAGGCAAAGCUGCAGAAGGAUGUGGAAGGAUGCAACUUUGAAAGGUUUUUUAAAAUUAAAGAACCCAGUUUUGAAGUUGUGAACAUUGACUGA